ACCGCGGGUACGACGGUAGUGGGGGCAUCGAGCAGAGCGCGACCGAGUUCCUGCCGCUCCUCGGAGGUGCUGCCAGAGGGCGUCCGCGCGGGCUGCGCCUUCAGCGGGACCGAAGAGUUCGUGACGGCGUCUUCUUCAGCGACGACGACGCGAACGUUCCCGCGGUGCACCGAGAAGCAGCAGAGCGCCCGGAGGCUUACGAUGACUUCAUCGGUGGCGGAGGUGUCCUUGUCGGGAACGACACCGACUCCUUCCCGCUGCCCGUGGACGUCAAGAGCUUUAGAAGGCGUCCACGGGGUCGCCCUCACCUAGGCGGCGUCGCCUUCGACGGGAGUGCGCCUGCUUUGCCACUGUGGGAAGACGCCGAUGUGGAGACGUCGACCACCGACUCGUCGCUCGAAGUCCACCAGGAAGUCGGGCACGGAGCCGACGGUGAGGGCACUGUCUCGUCCUGGAGAAGAGGUGUCCCCGUCGCACGACUUCAAGGCUACGAUGACGACGUUACCGGUGUUCCGAGGUAUCCACGAGGUCCGGGCAGAAGUCUCAGCCUUGACGUCAAUGAAGGCUCGAAGGAAAGCGACUCCGCCCGCCGUGCUGGGAUGCGUCGUUGGAAGCUUGGGCCGAGUCUGGCGACGUUCCCUCGAAAGAACAACACUCAUGGUUGGGUGACCCGAUGGAACAGUGAUCGACGCUUUGCGAAGUUCGGGAGCAACUACACGUCAUCCGCGGGUCGGAGCAUCCACCGCAAGCACCUUCACAGCAGGCGCGACUACUGGCAAGCUCCGGUACAGGUUCCUCACGAUGCCGAGGCCGGUGGUGGUGCUGGACAUGACAAGAGCGACGACGACAAAGAGAAACAGGUGGACGACGGCAUCAGCGCCUCGCUCAAGCUGUUCACGUUGGACGCGCUGGUGGGCAUACUGAACCGGUUCGAGGACUGCCGCUCCAACAAGCACUCGGCCUUCCAGCUGGUGGGACCGGACAUGGCCAUCGACGUGGCUUCCGCCUUCGUGGGCAACAGCAGUCCCUGGCUGAGCGUGUUCGACGAGCAGGGUGCCCCUCCGAAGUUCGACGCCGUCGAGAAGAUGUCGGUCGACCUGUCGUCGCUCCAGCUGCCCGCCGACGUCGAGGGUCGACUCAAGGGAUUCGACGACGACUCGCUGACGCCGCUGCACUUCGAUGAAAUCGGCCGAAACGCGAAGAAGGCGCAAACGACCCUGGAGGGCGUCAUCAAGUCCAGGCAAACGUUGCAAUCAGAGCAACAACAACCAAACGCUAAAAAGUACGUGGACGAUGCCGUUGCCUCCCUGAACGGCAUCACCAGAAACAUGGAGAAGAACUUCAACGACAGCGUGGAUUUACUGUCGUCGAACCUGGAUCAGUGGCCGUAUCUGACGCGGAACCUGACUGCGGGGCUGGACGGCGUCAAGGACAUGCUGCCCAACAUACGGAAGAUGGUGUACUCGGACAUCGGGGCAUUCUUCGAUCAUGCCAGGGUUGAGGUCAGAGAGAAUAUUGGCGACUGCCGGCCGUUCUACCUGCUCUACAGAACGACCGUGGACGCUGUGUGCACGCAAGGCUUCCGACGAUUCGGUGAGUUCUGGUUUUGCGUGUGGUGCUGGUUCAUCCUUGGGAUUCCCUGCUUCGUCGCGGCCUUGGCGCUCUCCACGUUAUACGCCAAAACGACACCGCAGGCGACCAGCGGAGAGGGCGGUGGCGAUGGCGAUGCCUGAAGAUCGUGUCGACUCCAUUCCGUCUUCUUCCACGCCUUGAUGACGUCAGCAGCGUGGCC